CUUUGGCAUCAGAGAAGAAACAGAUUAGAUAAGCGACGCGCACGUACACUUUCUCUUUCUUUCAGCAUCUUUCCUGGCUUCCUACCAACACCAACCUUUCCCUUCCAUCUUAUUUGUCUUGCUUUUCAAGCGGCCAUGGAUCAAAUCUCCGCCGUGGACUUAUUGUCCCAUGACUCGACGCAAAAGGCGGCAACAGCAGGUGACCCGAUUUGCAACGGCGACAGCUCUGAUGACUGGGGCGAUUUUGUCGACUCAGACGAUGAAGGUGAUGUGGAAUUCGUUUGCGAGGAUGUCAGCCUGUAUCCGCGUGGGAUCUGCUACCCUCUCUCCAUCGGAGAGAUUAUCGCUGAUCGAUACCGCAUCAUCCAUAAAUUAGGCCAUGGUAGCUUUUCUACUGUCUGGAUGGCGCACGAUACGACCGAGAAGAUAGAUGUUGCCCUCAAGGUUCUGAUGCUAGGGAACUCAGAAGACCAUGAGUACCGGAUACAGAGCGAAAUCAUUGGCGCUGUCAAAGACUUGAAAUACUUGUUGGUCUAUCGCACAAGCUUCAUUCUUCCCAGUCCCCACGGCCAGCACCGAGUUAUGGUCUUUCCUAUGCAAGGACCAAAUAUCAGAAAUUACCCGCCGAAAAAGAAACCGCUUGCCACUCGUAUGUCGUUUGCGGUACAACUGCUACAAGCCUUGAAAGCACUACACGAGGCUGAGAUCGCGCACGCAGACCUCAAUACUGCCAAUAUAAUGUACAGCCUACGCCCUCUUGAGGAGGGCGGUACAACCGAAAAGUACAAGAAGAUUGGGCGACCAAGGAAGAUGAGUUUGUGGACUGAGCAGUGGAAGGAAGGCGAGCUUGUCAUGCCGAUGGAGCCCGAAGAGGAUCUCAUAGGAGAUACCAUCGUCCUUGGCGACUUUGGCUUAGCCCACAAAGCAGGAACUCCCGCCCAGAAGAUGCAGUCACCCGCUACAUACUGCGCCCCUGAGCGAGUACACAACACCAACCCGUCUUAUGGCUCUGACAUUUGGAGCUACAUGUGUAUCUUCUUUCAGUUGUACACAGGAACGUAUCUGUUUCAAGGUUGGGGUCACGCAUCAGUGGUGUCAUCUAUCGUUCGUACCCUUGGGCCCCUUCCAGUGUCUUGGAAGGGAACCUACCACGUCGGUGGCUCGGGUGAGGAUAAAUGGUAUGAUCAAAAUUGGCACACUGAUCCAGUCUUUGAUCUCAAGGAGAGGAUGACUCAGCUUUGUCCUGAUGUGAGUGCAAGUGAACGGGAGCUUGUUAUAUCCUUCUUACACCGUGGACUUUCAUAUCAACAUGAGAACCGCUUGACAGCCGCUCAGCUACUUGAAGAUGAUGCAUUCAAGGGAUUGAGAGAGAUCCAUGAUGUUUAACACUAGAAGAUACACCAUUUAAGAUAUUACACAAUGGCAAUAAUCUGAGCG